CCCGCUCCCUUUUAUCACCGGAGCCGGGGUCUUUUUUAUCACCAGAGCCCGAGUUCCUUUUUAUCUCCGGAGCCCGAGCCGCUCUCCCCAGACCCGCGGACCCUGACCGGGCAGCGCCGCCCAGACAGCUUUGCCCAGCCUGCCCCAGGGAUGGAGUCCCUCCCUGAAGCAGUCCUGAUCCGGAUCCUGGCUUCCAUACCUGCGGUGGAUCUGGUGCUGGUGUGCCGCCUGGUCUGCUGCCAGUGGAAAAACCUGGUUGAUGGAGCUGCACUUUGGAUCCUGAAGUGUCAGCAGGAAGGCAUCACCAGAGAUGAGUCAGAUGCAGAGAACUGGCAAAACUUCUACUUCCUGAGUAAGAAAAGGAAGAAUCUCAUCAAGAACCCAUGUGGUGAAGAAGACUUGGAGCACUGGGGAGAGGUAGAGAAUGGAGGUGAUGGCUGGAAAAUUGAAGAGCUCCCAGGGGACUUUGGAAAAGAAUUUCCUAGUGAAGAAGUCCAUAAAUACUUUGUUACAUCUUAUGAGUGGUGUCGAAAGGCUCAGGUCAUUGACCUGAGGGCUGAGGGCUACUGGGAAGAGCUGAUGGACACAACCCAGCCUAAAAUCAUGGUAAGAGACUGGUAA